CUAAGCCAUCUCCAUGCCCUUGCUCGCUACUGAUCCAUGCGCGCAUGCUGUUGAGAGCAGCAAUGCGCCCCGGGAAUUAUCCGCUGUUUAUUUCCGAGAAUUAAUCCGAGUGGCGAGCAGGUCGACGUUUAUCGCUGUGGGUUGAUUCCUUUCCCAGCCACGCCAGCCACGAGUCACCACGACCCAGCAGCAACAGCAUGGACGGCGAUGCCUCGACUGCUGUCUCUCCCUCUCCAUCCCAAUCCACCCCGCUCCCUCACUUCGCCGCGUCAACACCAGGCCCAUCUGCGCCGCACACGCCCCAUGGGCCCCCUUCACCGGUGAAGGACGUCAAGCCGGAGUUGGACCGCCAGCCCGAACCCUCUCACGGCGCGGGGUGCCAUGUGUCAGUAGAAGCUGGGCCGAGCUUGCGCCGCAAGCGCAAGAUUGAGGCUACCCGGUACACGCCUGCCGAGGCCGCCGAGAUAGAGGCGCGCGCCGCUGCAAUCGAUUAUGCCGUUGCGCUCGACCAGCAUGACACACUUUACGCCGACCAGACGCGCUUCGCAGGCUUUGAAGACGUCGUCGACCGCCUUCUGCCGUGGCACGUUUGGCAGGUACCCGAAGAGGAGCUCGUCCUCCCCUCCGAAGAGCGGGCGAAGGAACAAUUGACGUCGGCCAGCGGACAAGUAGCCAAUCUCAUCGACCUGCGCCGACGCUUCGCUAAAGUCCGUCGACGAGAGGGCACUCAUCCCUCAGACCUUCCCUCACUGAUCUAUAUGCUGCGAGAGAGCACGGCCGAUGUGCGCGAUGAGCUUGCCGCCGUGCAGGCCUCUCUGAGGGUUGCGAAGGGCAAACACGAAGUGCAGCUCGCCGAGGAGCGCCGUGUGCGCGAGGCAGCCGCCCACAAGGAGCGCAUGCGGCUGGACGAUAUCGAGCGACAGCGCCGGGCGCAAUUUCUGGCGCAGGCGCAGGCGCUGGCGAGACAGCAGGCGGCGCAUCAUGUGGCGCAGGGCCAGGCGCUUCCUUUGGCUCCAACUUUGGCGUCACCGGCCGCAGCGCCCAACUCCGUGUCACCCGCUGCCUUACCGCGCCCUCCGGUCCCAGUAACUGGCAGUGCGUCGUUCACUCCUGCCUUCCCCAUCGCCAGUUCCAGCACGCCCGCGGUCUUCGACGCGCCAGGAACGCCAGCCGCGGACUCAGGCUCCGGUAUCGCUGCCGCCGUCCGUGGUCGCCCCCGUGGCCGACCCCGCGGCUCUGGUCGUGGCGGUACGCGUCCACCCACGACCACCCACAUUAAGGCCCCAGCGGCGAAGAAGACGACGUCUCCUGUGCAGAUCACGGUCGCAAUGAGUCUUAUCCCGGCCUUUGUGUCUGCAGCGCUUCUCAUCCUUCCAAACCCGCAGAAUCUCAAGGCGCCAGCGACCAUCAUCCGCACGUCGGACGACAAGAAGAAUGUCACUCUGUCGAUCGACCUUGGCACCUGCACGCAGCCGCAACUGCAGACGCUUGCACGACUCCUUAAUGUCCAGGCGAAGCUACCCGGGGCGAAUGCUUCAGGCUCGAGCACCCCCAAUGGAACUUCAGCGCCAGCAUCGCCAGCGCGCACCUCUUCAUCCACUGCGGCACAGUCCGCGGGUACAUCCGCGCCUACCACUCACUCGAUGGCAUCCUCGGCCGCACCCUCCGCCGUUGCUUCUGCAUCUGCUUCACCCGCGCCUGCACCUCCCACCACGCAGUCGUCCAAGUGAUCGCCGCCCAUCACUUACAGGUAUUGCACAAGUCAUGGCCUUUGUAUAUCUUCGAUACAUUGCCUGAGGCCUGUAGCAUUGUACAUCCAUGCAUUGACAUCAGCACUGGCUGAUCUGUAGCGCUAGA